AUGGCCGCGGAGGGGAGGAAGAAGCAUGCGGUGAGGCUCAACAGGUCCUGCAUCCUCAUCAUCGGUGGGUCUCUCUCUCUCUCUCUCUCUCUCUCUCUCCCGCAACAUGGGGCUGAGCAAGGGAUCUUAUUUCGCUGUGGUGGUGGCUGCAGUUGUGGCGAGCGUGGAGAGGUUCGCGUACAAGGGAGUGGCCUCCAACAUGGUGACCUACCUGACGGACGUCGUCCACUUGGGCACGUCGGAGGCGGCCAAGACCGUCAACAACUGGUGCGGCGUCACCUCCAUGCUGCCGCUGCUCGGUGCCUUCCUCGCCGACUCCUACUGGGACCGCCACUCCACCAUUCUCGGCUCCUCCUUCCUCUACGUCACCGUGAGAGCUCCCCCUUCCUUCCUUCCUCCCCUCGCUCCUGCGCAUUACAGCGGUCUCAAGGAAGCUCUGCUAGCCAAUGCAGGGGCUCGCAGCGCUGACGGCGUGGGCUGUGCUCCACUCCCACAUGCCGAGCUCCUCGCUGUUCUUCCCGCUGUACCUCAUAUCCAUUGGGCAGGGCGGGUACAACCCGUCGCUGCAGGCGUUCGGCGCGGACCAGCUGGAGAAGGAGAAGAGCCCGCCGGAGGAGGAGGAGAAGAGCCUCUUCUUCCAGUGGUGGUACUUCGGCAUAUGCAGCGGCAGCCUGCUGGGCAACUCGCUCAUGUCCUACGUGCAGGACACCUACGGGUGGGAGCUCGGAUUCGCGAUCCCCGCGGCGGUGAUGUUGCUCUCCGUGGCGGUCUUCGCCGCCGGCGCGCGGUUCUGCGUGCGCAGAGACGUUGCCGAUGGCAGCAGCCGCCCUAUCGACGACAUCUUCAGGGGCCUGAAACAAGCGCUGACGAAGAAGCUGGCCACCAGAGAGGUCAAGCUGCCGGCCAGAGAGGACGACGACGUUGAGCUCGAGUGGGUGGUCAACCUCGUACUCUGCCGUUGUUUUCUUCGUCUUCACAGCUUCUGACCUCUCUCUCUCUCUGGUUUCGUCAGGAUGCAGAGAAGGCCCCUCAAGGAAUUCGAGAGCGCCAAGCUGCCGGCCGGAGAGUCCGACGCCGCAGACGUCGAGUAAGAUGAUUUUUUCUACCCCUUCUUCCUUCCUACCGUUUGAUCGUAUUCAUUGUAAACUUUUCUAGCUAAAAAUAAACAGGGUGGGCAUCUAUAAACAUGGUGGUGGCAGGGCGGCGCAGAGGAAAGGGCAGAAGGGGGAGCCGGAGCAGGCGGCGAGCUCGCCGACGCCGGAGAAGAAGGCCGGCGCCGGCGAGCAUCCGACGCCGUGGGCGGGGGAGGUGAUCCUGAGGUUGCUGCCGAUAUGGGCGAUGUUGCUCAUGUUCGCCGUCAUCUUCCAGCUGCCGUCGACCUUCUUCACGCGGCAGGGGUCCGCGAUGGAGCGAAACAUCGGCCCCCGCUUCCUCAUCCCGCCGGCGACGUUGCAGAGCUCCAUCACCGUCUCCAUCAUCCUCCUCAUGCCGCUAUACGACAAGCUGAUCAUCCCCUGCUUCAGGUUCCUCACCCGCCGGGAGGAGGGCAUCAACGUGAUGGAGAGGAUCGGCGUGGGCAUGCUCCUCUCGAUCCUGGCCAUGACGGUGGCGGCGCUGGUGGAGGGCCGCCGCAUCCGCGCCGCCGCCGCCAGCGACCGGCUGUGCAUCUUCUGGCUGCUGCCGCAGUACGUCUUGCUCGGAAUAUCCGACGUCUUCACGGUGGUGGGGAUGCAGGAGUUCUUCUACGCCAGCGUGCCGAGCGGCAUGAGGACCAUCGGCAUUGGCCUCUAUCUCAGCGUCUUCGGCGUGGGCAGUUUCCUCAGCUCCGCCCUCAUCUGGGCCAUCGAGGAGGUCACCUCCGCCGGAGGCACAACCCCCGGCUGGUUCUCCGACGACAUCAAGGACGCCCACCUGGACCGCUUCUACUGGUUCCUCUCCCUCCUCAGCACCGCCAGCUUCCUUCUCUUCGUCAUCCUCUGUAAAACUCGCCGUGACACCACCACCUGA